UCUUUAGAAUAUCAGAAUGAACCAAAUAGGUGGAUCCAUCGACGGAGAUCGUCACAAGCUGGUGAAUGAUACAGACGACUCCGGUGAAUUUUCAGGCGACUCAUAUAGAACGACACCUCAAACAAAUGGACAUCACGUGCCACCGCCUCGUGAAAAUGUCAACAUUCGAUCGACCGAGGAAUUGGUCCUCAAUUCGUCACAAGUUGGUGAUGUAAGAGGGGUAGAUACAAACACAUACACCGAGCUACUGCGUGGAAGCGUCCCAUGCCCAACAUGUAGGGGAAAUGGAAGUAUACCAAAAGAACAAGAAGGACAGCUGGUGGCGUUGAUUCCUCUGAAAGACAAACGUUUGAAACCAAGAAGAACGUACCUUUAUGUAUGUUUGGCAGUGUUUCUCUGUCUGACUGCCGCAGGCCUUCUGCUCUUUUUCAUGUUCCCUCGGAAUGUGACAAUUGAAAGUAACAAACCAUUCCUAUAUCCUCAAAAUCUUUCCAUCGCAGUCCAAAGUGUCCAAUUCCUAAUCACAAAUCCAAUAAACAUCACUAAUCAGAAUUACUUUUCUGUGACUGUCAAUAGCAUAGCUAUGGCAGUGCUGUUUCGAACCAAAGUUAUAACCACUUCUAAUAACAAAAACACAACCACCGUACCGAUACGAGAUACAGUAUCAACUUCUGUAGAUGCCAAAAUCAACUUUAACGAGUUAAAUGAAUUUGGAUACAUGGCAAUUUUAUGCAAUGACACCAACACCUGGUUCCAUGAAUUUGUAAUGGUAUUCGAUUUUACAGUUAGUUAUAGUUACCUUGGACAUACUGAGAUGACAUCACUGACCACCUACCAAUCAGUCAGCUGUGGGAAUGAUUCAGCACCGGUCAUCAGUACGCACAAACCACAUCCACUGACCACUACAGAAAUUACCACUACAGAGAUGACCACUGCUUCAGAAGUGAUCACGAAGGAUGACUAGAAUUUUCAAGACUGUUGACUUUAUAUAAAAACAUUUUCCUCUGGUUCCCAUCUCUGAUAACCUGCCGCCACUGAAGAUAAUAUUCCAAGGUGACAUGGUAAAGCUGUUGACCUAAAGUGAUAUUAAUGUUGAUGAUUUACUUUAUAUUAUUGGUUCCUUAAGAUAUCAUUGUGGAUAGAUAAUUAUAUUUACUAGGUAUUAUAAUUCUUUGGAACCACAAAUUUUCAUUAUCAACAUUGAGUGAAAGUUCUUGGUCAUCUCUCCAGGUAUGUACAGGUAGUUCAGACCAAAGAGAAACGUCUUCCGUUUAUAAAGUAAUGUUUUUUCUGGUCCCAGUUUUAGACUUAAGUAAAGGUCCCAUAGUUCAAGAUAAAUGUCGUCAAAAACAAGCAAUAUUUGCUGUAUUAGUAAAAUACAAUACCAAUACAUGUAUAAAACACAGA